CUGUCACUAUGUAACCCACCCAUAACUAAGUAUAGUCUCCUCUUAUCACAGAGAACAACAACUGAAAAAUUAAUACUCAAUGGCUGUGACUUAUUUUUCUACAAAUAUUCUUCCUUUUCUUCUUCUUCUUCUUCUUCUUUCUGUGAUAAGUUUAAGCUUAGUUCAUGGUUUUGCGUUGAGUAAAGAAGUUUUGGCCAGACAAGAAGCAGACAGAGUGAUUAAACUUCCGGGGCAGCCUCCGGUGAAGUUCCGGCAAUAUGCAGGUUAUGUUACUGUGAAUGAAACUCAUGGAAGAGCACUGUUUUAUUGGUUCUUCGAGGCCACCGAGAAUCCUGAAGAAAAGCCUCUUCUCUUAUGGCUCAACGGAGGUCCCGGCUGCUCAUCGAUUGGUUAUGGAGAAGCAGAAGAGCUGGGGCCUUUCUUAACUCGGAAAGGCAAGCCAGAGCUAAAGCUCAACCCUUACAGUUGGAACAAAGCGGCCAAUUUGUUGUUUGUGGAAUCACCUGUCGGUGUUGGAUUUUCUUACACUAAUACCAGUGAAGACAUCAAACAACUUGGAGACACAGUUACUGCUAAGGAUUCAUAUGCAUUCCUUAUCAACUGGUUCAAGAGAUUCCCACAGUUCAAGUCCCAUAAAUUCUACAUAGCUGGAGAAAGCUAUGCAGGACAUUAUAUUCCUCAGCUUGCAGAAGUGAUAUAUGAUAGUAAUAAGAAAGCUUCCAGGGAAAAUCACAUCAAUCUGAAGGGCAUUACGGUUGGCAAUGCAUUAUUGGACGAUGAAACAGAUCAAACAGGAAUGAUCGAUUAUGCAUGGGAUCAUGCAGUGAUAUCAGAUGAAUUGUAUCAUAAUAUUAAGACCCACUGCAACUUCAGCAGCAGCGGCGAUCAGCAAUAUUCCACCACUUGCGGCCUCGCCCUUAAUCAGUACUUCGACGUUUAUACUAUAAUCGACAUGUACAGCUUGUAUUCUCCAGUUUGUGCCGAUAGCAACUCCUCCUUCGUCGCAAACAGAGCCCUUCCCAGGAUUCAAGGCAUUGCUCCUAAAUUGUUUUCUAAAUACGAUGGUUGGCGUCGGAAGCCUACUGGCUACGACCCUUGUGCGUCGGAUUACACCGAGGCAUAUUUGAACAGGCCUGAGGUCCAAAAGGCACUCCAUGCUAAUGUUACAAAUAUUCCAUAUCAAUGGAGUCAUUGCAGUGUUAAGAUAUCAUUUUGGCCUGAUUCGCCAUCAUCGAUUCUUCCUAUUAUUAAAAAGCUCAGAGCCGGAGGCCUUCGCAUCUGGGUUUACAGUGGAGAUACUGAUGGAAGAAUUCCAGUAACUUCAACUAGAUUAACUUUAAGAAAGCUUGGACUGAAGACCCUUCAAGAAUGGACACCCUGGUACACUAAUAAUAAACAAGUUGGUGGGUGGACGGUAGAAUAUGAUGGACUUACAUUUGUGACAAUUAGAGGAGCUGGUCACCAAGUUCCAACUUUUGCACCAAGGCAAUCUCUUCAGCUGGUUCAACACUUCUUGGCCAACAAGAAAUUGCCUUCUAAAGCCUUUUGAUUUUUACUUUAGGCCACCUAAAUUUAAAUUAUUGGGAAUAUAUCCAUGAAGCCAACAAUUCUAUUAUCUAUUAAAAUAAAUUUUUUUAAUUGAGCA